UGCAUUAUUGUAUUUUAUGAUUGAUUUAUUUUACAUAGAAAAUAAUCCUAUUAUAGCCUGUGUACGUUUCGAUAUAUAUCUCAAUACAACAGGUGAUAACAGCUGAUUCAUAUGUAACAGAAAAUACUUCAACUUACAUGUAUUUAUUUUUAUAAUCUAAAAUUAUUUUAAAAUCUAUAAUUUCUUAAUUUAUUUGUAUAUGCAAUUAAUAAAUAUCAAAAAUAUUAAUUUAGAAAAUUUAAUAAUAAUUAUUAAUAAAUUAGAUAGAAAAUAAAAGAAAAUGAAUAAUGAAAAAUAUAAUGAAUAAAUAAUCAGUUUCUAACGAACUUUUUUCCUCGUUUAUCACGUCAUUAUAAUUGAUUUUUAAAGAAAAAGAUAAAAUAUAAUUCUAACCUAACACUUAUAUGAAAUAAACAACAAUAUAUAUAUAUAUAUAUACAGAUUACAUAGAACAUCAUUAUAUAUACAUAAAAAAUAAUUUACUACAUAGAUAUAUAUAUAUAUAUUUAUAUAUUUAUACAAACAAAGCGUAUGAAAAACGUAAAUACGCAUGAAAACACACACACACACACACACACACACACACAUAUAUAUAUAAUAGGUAUAUAAAUAUAUAUAUAUAUACCUAUUUCAUGCUGGAAGUACUCGCUUGGUGCUACGGCGCAUUUGCCAGUAUCAACCGUCUGCGUUUAUCGACUAUCAUGUAUGCUGUGGCAAAUGUGAUCCAUUGACUUCAAACACAAAAAUUAUUUUGAUUUUUACGUAAACGUUACAUCAAUAAUCAUGAUGGAUGUGCAGAAGCAGUAUAAAGUGACGCCUAGGAGCAGUGAAGAUAAAAAUCAAACGCCACCGACUUUGCUUUCAAGUUUAAGGAGCGUUCUAUUCGUAAUUGGAACCGUAGUAAUCGGAUUUGCUGCAUUCUGCAAUUCGCUAACAUGGCACUUACAAAGAUUUUGGGGAGCCUCAGGUGAUUUUUGGCAAGCACAAUGGGAUAAAAUCUUAGAUAAAUUAGGAGAUGAUCCCGGCACGCUUUGGGUUUAUGGUUCGAUAGGAUUGACAUUUUUCGUGUACUGGUUCUUUGGCGGAAUUUACAUGAUUCUAGAUAUAACUAAUCGGCCAGCAGUUUUACGAAGAUACAAAAUACAACCGGGUACGAACGAACCAGUCGACACGAGAGAAUUGUUUAAAGUAAUCGCUCAAGUACUAUUCAAUCAAACCAUUGUUGGACUUCCUCUAGCGUAUAUUAGUUAUCACCUUAUGGAAUGGCGCGGUUAUCCCCCUGUACGCGAAUUGCCGACCUUCCACUGGGUACUUGUUGAAAUUGCUUUUCACAUAUUGUGCGAGGAAAUUGGAUUUUAUUAUUCGCACAGAUUUCUGCAUAGCCGCUAUCUAUAUAAAUAUAUACAUAAACAACACCACGAAUGGACGGCUCCCAUAGCUAUAACUUCGCUGUAUUGUCAUCCUUUAGAACACAUUGGUUCCAAUUUAUUACCACCGUUUUUGGGAGUAUAUAUCAUAGGUUCUCAUGUGGCUACUGCUUGGCUUUGGUUUUCGCUUGCUAUUCUUUCUACAUUAAAUGCACAUUCUGGUUAUCAUCUACCGUUUUUUCCAUCUCCAGAAGCUCACGAUUUUCAUCAUUUAAAGUUUAAUCAAUGUUUUGGAGUUUUGGGAGUAUUAGACCGAAUUCAUGGAACAGAUACACAUUUUCGAAAUUCCAGAGCUUAUCAACGUCAUGUAAUGAUGCUUAGCUUUACUCCACCAAGAGAAGCUUUUCCAGAUGAAGUAAAAUAUAAAUCUAAAUAAAGAAAGUUUUAUUGAACAUCGUGAUAAGAAAAUUAAAUAAGAAAGUUCGGUAUAAUAAUAUGUUCAAUAUGAAAUAUACUAUAAGAUACUUUUGCACUUGUUUUAUUAGUUUUGAUUAGUCACUUAAAUUUAAUCAGUAAUAUACAAUAAAAAUUUAUAUUUUUCAAUAAGUAAAUAGGAUUAAAUAAAUAGGAUAUAAUUUUUUUAUUUACAAAACUGCAUAUUUUUAAUUAUUAUGCAAUUUCAGUUAUUAUAAACAUUAUAAUGACAUGAAUAUAAUGUAUUAAGCAAUCUAUAUAUUAUUUUUACAGUUUUUGUACAAAAAUAUGAUAAAUGUAAUUUUAACUAAUAUUUUCAGAUGUAAAAAUAUUUGUUUUAAAUACAACAAAACGUUUAGAAUUUAUUUUUUAAUUCAAAGUUAUAAAAAAAGAUGUCUGGAACAUUAUAAAAAUUUUAAUAUAAAUUUAAUAGAUGAAUUUUAGAUUAUUCGAAUGUUUUUCUUAAAAAAAUAUAUUGUUAGAAAACUUAGAAAUAUAUCGAAUAUUUCAUCUAGAUAUUACUUUGUUAAUAAUCACAUGAUAUAGCGGUAUUCCAAAAACAUAUUUGACAAAAUUAUGUUUAUAUUGAAAUUAUAAAGAUAAAAUUCUUUGUGAAACAAUUACUAUUUUUAUAUUUAAUUCAAUAAUAAAAGCAAUAAAUUUAAUCUAAGAAAAAAUUAUGAUCGUAGCAACUUAGUAAAAAAUGUAAUUACUUUAGAUUAUUAAAAACCGAAGAUUAUUAAAAGAUUAUGCACUUUAAAGUUACAAAAUAAAAAUUAAAAUAUUCAAAAUUAUUAGAUACAUUAAUAUCAAAAUAAUAAUGUUCUUCUCUAAUCAAACUUAUGCAUAUAACAAAAAUAUACAAAUCAAAUCGGAAUUGAAGCUUCAUCAAUUUUUUUAUAUAUAAAACAAAUUUUUAUGUGAUAUAAAUAUAUAUAAAAAAUUAAAAUUAUGUAUCACAUUUAUAAAAAUACUAUCUUAUUAUUUCUUUAAUAAUUAUUACAAGGAAUAGCUACUUUAUUCUUUGUCAUUAUAAAUUUUGUAUUUUAUAUGAAAUGCUAAUAUUAAUAAUUUUAUGUAUCUACAUAUAAUAAGCUUACUAAUAAAAUAUCGAAAUCAAAA